AUCUCUUAUCUCUCCCAAUGUUUCCUCGAUGCAUGAACGUAGAAAGAGUCUGUUGGUCGACCUGAAGUGAGUUCAGCAGUGAACUAUGGCUCAGUUUAUUGAAGACUCCAGCCUCGAGGGCUGGGAGGUGAUUGGCUCUGGAGGUUUCGGACAAAUCUACAAAGCCAGGCAUCGUCAGUGGGCCUGUGACGUGGCCAUUAAACUGCUUCAUCAUGACGACGGGAACAAUGAUUCUUUGCUGCGUGAGAUCAAGAUGAUGCAGGAAGCAAGCAGCCCGCAUGUUAUUCGUGUCCGAGGGGUCUUCAAGGGUCGACCCCCCAACUCUGGUUGGGCGACACAGCUUGGUGUGGUCAUGGAGCUCAUGGAGAGAGGAUCACUGGCCUCCCUACAGGAAGCCUUGGAUGGACCUCCACCCUGGCCGCUGGUCUUCAGACUGGCUCACCAAGUGGCUCUGGGUAUAAACCUCCUCCACAGUCUGCCCUGUCCUGUUCUCCACCUGGACCUGAAGCCCCCUAACGUGCUGCUAGACGACACUCUCAAUGCCAAGCUUACAGAUUUUGGCCUUUCCCGGAUUUCCUACAGCGUCGCACAGGUUUCCAAGAAGGAGGAUGGAUGGGGGACAGUUAGCUACAUGCCCCCGGAGGCGUUUGGCUUAACAUACAAACCUAAACGAGCCUCUGAUAUCUACAGUUAUGGGAUACUUAUUUGGUCCAUUGCCACAGGGAAACAACCAUAUGAGGAUGCAACCGCCGCCAGAGUGAAGCUUCUCAUCCCACAAGGACAGCGUCCACUAAUGGACGAUAUUAAGGGUGAUGCUGCAGGGUUGACAGAGUUGACAGAACUGAUGCAGAGAUCUUGGGACAAUAUACCUGAACGAAGGCCCCAAGCCCUCGAGUGUACAACCAAGACAGAAGAACUGUAUCAGAAGCACAAACAUGCAAUUUUUGAUGCUGUCCAUGAAGUGCUGAAGAAACUGGACCAAAAGGAAAAGGAAGAGAGUGACGUUGUUGAUAACAUGCUGACAGGUCCCUUGCCAAUUCAGGUUAGUUUCUGAUAAUUCAGACUGUUGCUGCAGCCUCCUGAGACUCUAAUACAGAUACAUUAACUUCCA